CCCGUCUCCGCCCGUCCUUCGUUUGUACACAAUACACAGAGAUCAUCGUGGUUUGGAGGCAGCUCUACCGCGCUAACAUGGCAGUGUGAAGCGUGCGGCGGCGAUCUUUGCAGCGGCAACAACCCGGCAGUGCAACGGCUAAGUGCACUGGCUAUUUUUGGCAAAAUGGCGUCUCUUGCGACAACCACCCUCAGCUUUGCUGCCGUCGACAGCAGUACCGAACCCCUCGACUUGAUAACGUCAACAGACUCACCCUUGUUUUCAUACACCCGUUCACGGCUACCACUGACCAGCAGCAGCCAUGACACUCUCCCAGCUCGCCUUGGAGGACGUGGAGGACCUGUACUCAGGGCCCUCGUUUCUGAUGGCUGACCACAUGGGGCCCCUUCUGGACCAAGAUGAAGAAGAAGCUCUUUCUCCCUCCUCCUCUCUAGAGGGGAAGCCAGCUUCGCCCCCCCUCUCUAUCUCCUCCUAUGCAUCCUCCCUGUCUCCUUACCAGACCUUGUCGUUGUCCCCUCUCCCUUCUGCCUCCCCACCUCCCUCUCCUCCUCCUCCCACCCACUCCUCCUUGUUCCUGGGAACCAAAGCCGGAACGGACUUGCUGUCCCUGUCCUGGCUCGGUGCCAGCGAUCUGCUCGACGCCCACGUUGGAGCAGACGAUGGCAAGGAUGAUGCUUUCACCGGAAUGGACUGGAUGUCAGAGAAAAUAGACCUGAGUGAAUUUGACCUGGAUUCGCUCAUUGGCUCCUGCUCAUCCGAUGAGUCUCCCAGCUCUCCCGAGGAUCUCUUGGCCUCACUUGACUCCCACAUGGAUCUGGAUCUCGACUCCUUUGAGACAACCAUCCCCGUCCCAGAAAGCAGCCUCGAGCUGGACCUGCCACUGCCCAGCAUCCCCUCCCUCCCUCUAGAGCCCCCUCUCCCAGGGGCAGCUGAGGCCAAGAAGACAGAGGUGGCUCCUGCUCAGGAGGUUAUUGUGAAGUCUGAGCCUCCCUCUCCGUGCCCCCCCUCUCCGGUCGACACCCUUGAGCUGGGGAGUGAAGUGGAUGUCCAGGAUGCAGAGAAAACUGCGACGUCCCUCACUGCCACCGUCAUCCCAGAUCCCAGUGGAAUCAUUCAAACACCCAGCCCCAUUGUGCUCUCCAUUCCCACCGCCGGUCACAUUGUGGUGGUGCUCACCAAGAAAGAGGAAUCCUCCGUUUUACUCCCCGAUCAGACCAUCAAAGCCUCUGUGUCAAGCGACUCCGACAGCGACUCUGGCAUCGAGUCAGUUGCCGGCUCACCGGAUCGCCUUCCCUCCCCACCUCGCACUCCCUCCCCCGCAGCUGGUUCCUCCAGGACCAAACCCUACUCCAAACCAGAGCCCAUUGCUACUUCCUCCCCCAAAGCCUCCCGGGUCAAAUCGGUGUCUGGCGCUCCCAAAGUGGUGGAGAAGAAACUGAAGAAGAUGGAACAGAACAAGACGGCGGCUACUCGCUACCGGCAGAAGAAGAGGGUCGAGCAGGAGCUGCUGAACACGGAGUGCGAAGAGCUGGAGAAGAAGAACCACGAGCUGGCGGAGAAAGCAGAGUCCAUCAGCCGAGAGAUACAGUACCUCAAGGACCUGAUGGACGAAGUUCGUAAGCACCGUCGUGGAAAGACCUGCUCAGUGGCUUAGACAACAGAAAGUUCAUGCGGCACAAUCUCUCGAGGGAGGUUGUGUUUCCGGUCCAAUGCUCACAUGUCACAACAAAGAAAUCCAUCGUAGUGUUUAGAGGUAUCUGUUGUAAGAGAUUAGAUUGGCGCGUGAGGAUGGAUGUAUGAAACUCGCCACUGCACAAUAAAGAGGGAACGGCUGAAUGAUAAAUGGAAAGCUUGUGGAAGUUGAUGAGAUUAGUAGAGUAGAGCAGGGGGCUGGGAGUUAGUCAGGUGAAGCAUCUGUACAUGCUUGGCUCUCAGUCCCCUGUUAGAUCCCUUUGUGUACUCCCCGUCUUACUAAGACACUUGUACAAACAGGCAGAGUGUAUGUUUGUCUUUGUAGACUAGGCAUGCAAACCACGAGUCACCAUAGUGUCCGGUAGCGUAUUAGACUUGUAACUCAUUAACGAGAUGUUCCCUCACACUCCCAGUAAUCAACUCGGUGCCCCACCCAGCCAGCCCAUCUCAGCUCCGGUGAAAUUAGUCUGUAUCCGUCACGUGAGAUACCGCCUCGACCUUACUCUUUAACCCACUGUCACCCCGUUUGACCUUCCUCUUUACAGCUUCAAGUCCAGAAAGGGGCCUCAGCCUAUUUAUGAAAUCUUGAUGUUACACUGUCAACAUGUUUUGUUUUUUUUUUUCCUUUUUAUUUUUUUUUGUGUACAUAGUUUUAAUCCUUCUUUGCUUGCCGAUUGUGGCUUCUGUUAUUUAACGCUGGAUAAAACCUGAUUUUGUCUCGAGUAGCACAGUCUCUUUAGAAAAGGUGUUUGGCUUGUAAAAUGCUUUGCUUUUCUUUUUUCUAAUAAAUAUCUAUCACUACUCAA